AUGGCCAUUGCGCACCUUGCCACCGAGUAUGUCUUCUCGGACUUCCUGCUGAAGGAGCCCUCGGAGCCCAAGUUUAAGGGGCUGCGGCUGGAGCUGGCCGUGGACAAGAUGGUCACGUGCAUUGCCGUGGGGCUGCCUCUGCUGCUCAUCUCGCUGGCUUUCGCGCAAGAAAUCUCCAUUGGUACCCAGAUAAGCUGCUUCUCCCCCAGCUCUUUCUCAUGGCGUCAGGCUUCCUUUGUGGACUCUUACUGUUGGGCGGCUGUCCAGCAGAAGGACUACUUGCAAGGCGAUUCUGGAAACCUUCCGUUGUGUCUGCAUAAGUUUUUCCCCUACAUCCUGCUGCUGGUGGCCAUCCUGCUGUACCUGCCCUCCCUGUUUUGGCGUUUCGCAGCUGCUCCUCAUGUUUGCUCGGAUUUGAAGUUUAUCAUGGAAGAACUCGACAAAGUUUACAACCGCGCAAUUAAAGCCGCGAAGAGCAUGCAUGACCUUGAUUUGAGAGACAGUGUCUGUCCAGCACCAAAAGUUAAUGAGAACACGGGGCAAAGUUUACAGGAAAGCCACUUCAGGUACCCAAUUGUGGAACAGUACUUAAGGACAAAGAAAGCCUCCAGACAUUUAAUCGUCAAGUACAUGAGCUGCCGGGUGCUGUCACUCAGCACGAUACUGUUAGCCAGCAUCUACCUGGGCUAUUACCUGAGCCUCUCCUCUCUCUCGGAUGAGUUCGUUUGCAGCAUCAAAUCUGGCAUCCUGAAAAAUGACAGCACUGUCCCCGAUAAGUUCCAGUGCAAGCUCAUUGCUGUUGGUAUCUUUCGGCUGCUCAGUUUCAUCAACCUCGUGGUGUAUGUCAUGCUGGUUCCGGUGGUGGUCUACUCCCUGUUUGUUCCCUUCCAGCAGAAGACAGAUGUUCUCAAAGUGUAUGAAAUCCUGCCCACGUUCGAUGUUCUGCAUUUGAAGUUGGAAGGGUACAAUGACUUGAGCCUCUAUAUUCUUUUCUUGGAGGAGAAUAUCAGUGAACUCAAGUCAUACAAAUGUCUUAAGGUCCUGGAGAAUAUUAAAAGCAGUUGUCAGGACAUUGACCCCAUGCUGCUCCUGACCAACCUUGGCAUGAUCAAGAUGGACAUGGUUGAUGGCAAAAGUCCCGAGCCUGUGGAGAUGAUGGCGGAGGAGCUGGGGGACCAGACGACAGAGCUGCAAGAUUUGAAUGUACACAGUGAAACAAAAAUAAAUAAUAGAGAGAAGAAUGCCCGACAGAGACUUCUGGAUACUUCUUGCUGA